AAGUCACAGGAGCAUUCAUAACUCCUGGGGGGAAGACAUGAAGAGAGUCACCCUGUUUGUUAAUGGCAGCCCCAGGAAUGGGAAGGUCGUAGCCGUUUAUGGGACACUGUCUGAUUUGCUUUCCGUAGCUAGCAGUAAGCUUGGGAUAAAAGCGACCAGCGUGUACAACGGAAGAGGUGGACUCAUUGAUGACAUUGCUUUGAUUAGGGAUGAUGAUGUCCUUUUUGUAUGUGAAGGAGAACCGUUUAUUGAUCCCCAGACCGAUGUAAACCCACCAGAAGCAUUAACCGGAUCUCAUUCAGACUGGAUAACGCUCAAUGUCGGAGGAAGGUACUUUACAACUACCCGGAGCACUUUAGUUAGCAAAGAAGCUGAUAGCAUGCUGGCUGGCAUGUUCAAAGAUAAAGAUGCCUGGGGGAACAAGCGGGACCACAGGGGAGCCUUCCUAAUUGACCGUAGCCCUGAGUACUUCGAACCGAUUCUGAAUUAUUUGCGUCACGGACAGCUCAUUGUAAAUGAUGGCAUUAAUUUGCUAGGAGUCCUAGAGGAAGCCAGAUUCUUUGGGAUCGACUCGCUGAUUGAACAUCUUGAAACAGCUAUUAAGAACUCACAACCUGCAGAGGAUCAUUCUCCCAUCUCCCGAAAGGAAUUUGUCCGGUUCCUGCUUGCAACCUCCACCAAAUCAGAGCUCCGCUGUCAGGGUUUAAAUUUCAGCGGGGCAGAUCUCUCUCGCUUAGAUCUCCGAUACAUCAACUUCAAGAUGGCCAACUUGAGCCGAUGCAACCUGGCCCACGCCAACUUGUGCUUCGCAAACCUUGAACGAGCAGACCUCUCUGGAUCGGUUCUAGAUUGUGCCAACCUCCAAGGCGUAAAGAUGCUUUGUUCUAAUGCAGAGGGAGCGUCACUGAAAGGAUGCAAUUUUGAGGAUCCCUCCGGCCUUAAAGCUAACCUGGAAGGUGCCAACUUGAAAGGUGUCGAUAUGGAGGGGAGUCAAAUGACCGGAAUUAACCUGAGAGUUGCAACUCUGAAAAAUGCAAAGUUAAAAAACUGCAACCUGAGAGGAGCAACUCUGGCAGGAACUGACUUAGAGAAUUGUGAUUUAUCGGGUUGCGAUCUACAAGAAGCCAACCUGCGAGGAUCGAACGUGAAAGGGGCCAUCUUCGAAGAGAUGCUGACACCGCUGCACAUGUCUCAGAGCGUCAGAUAGGUGGUCCGGAGGGACGGGAGCCCUGUGGCAGUCUGUCCUUUUCCCUUUGACAUAGGAGAGUCGUUUCUUCCACGGCUCGGAUUUCUCUGUGGUGUCUCUGGUCACCCAGGGUGUAUACAUAGGAAUAGAUAUUGAACCAAAUCAGGCAAGCUAGCAGGCUUUAGAACCCAGAGAUGUCACUGUUACCUCUGCGUGCAUUGGGCCUUCUGGGCCACCUCACUCUAGAAUGCAUCUUAGGAGAUUUUUUGUUUUUUUAUUUAUAAAAGCACAAUAUAUGCAAUUUAUAUUUAUGACACUUCUGGUUGCCGUAUGGAUCUUUCUUCAAAUGGUAACCUCAGACAUAGUAGCAAAAACUUCAGGUUUGGCAGUAAAGGGUUGUUGCAUUGCUUUGUUCGUUUUGGUGUAUUAAAUUGUACGCGGGGCGGGUGGGUCUGACAUGCGUCUACUUCCAAACCUCUUUUUGCGAUACAAAACUGGCUGCUAACUAAAGAGUCAUCACAGGGCACACAAGUGUUGCUCCGAUGACCUUGAUUUCAAUUAUUCAGUGGUCAAAGAUAACUGAAGAGUGAAAGCAUGGUGUGUGUGUGUGUGUGUGUACACUUAAGCUACUCCUUUAAUUUAAAGUGGCGGCAGUGGCGAGAGCGGUCUUUGGGCCGGAUUCUCUACGUGAACCGCCAAUUGCUGAUCUUUGGUUUAGAUCAGGAGUGGGCGGGGCCAAAAGUGCUGGUGGGCGGGGUUAAAGCCCAAAGGUCAUCCCUUUUCUCUCCCUCCUGCCGUGCCCUUUCAUUCUUUCUCUCUUCCCACCCAGUGGGAUGCCAGGGAGAGAGGGCAGAUUCCUCUUACCUGCGUUUUGAACUGAUCGCAUGCAGAGAGCUUUUGAAAUUAGGUUGAGUGCUGCGGGUUCACACACACACGCACACACACACACGGUUUUGUUACUCAGUUCUUGUUUGUUAGUCAUAAUUUCAUCCAGACGCUGACUGCUCUGUUUUUAAAAACACUGCUGCUCAUUAUAGCAGCCUUCUGGAAUCCAGGUGGGUUUGACAACUCCUCCCAACCUGCCCCAGCCAGCAUGGUUCCAGAAGGCUACAUUAUAGGAUAGUUUGGAAUUGGGGACACACAUGUCCAUGCAAGCCAAAGCCCCCAGUCUGCCCCAGGUGGGCUUCUCCGUUGUAAAAAUGUGUAGCGCCUUUGCAUGUUACAGGGUCGGCACACAUCCCCAGGUCCCUGUGCCGACUGUAGCACACCAAGCGGCUCCACAUUGGAGCUAUCCAGGUAGACCCUGAAAGUUCCAACAGCCUUUGUCUUGUUACAGGACUUUUCUCACUGUGGAGCUACCUGUCGUGUUUCUUCCUGGCCGUCUCCAAAUUCCUGCUUUUUACUGGCCAAAAGUUGAACCUGAUGCUGCUUGGGGUAACUGAGCUCCAGGAGCUCAGCAUCUUCUGGUCUUGCUAGGAACUCUCUUGUCAGGGAGGGACCAGAAGGAGCCCAGGUGGUGCAGUCUAAAAUACCUGUUGCCAAAGAUGCUGAGAAGAUGGCCAGGCUUUUGGCUGGUAGAAGCCCUUCCCUAGAAAAAUGCAUAGAGAAAAAAACUACACUGUAAGGAAAGGAAAGGUUAAAAAACAAAUGGUUACCUUUCAACCAUCAGAACCUUUGGACCAGAGUCAGGCCCAAUCACCCUUUGACUGUUCUCACUUUUCUCCAUCCUAGUAACUUCAUUAUAUACUUUCUUCCAGCCUUUCCCAACCUGGUGCUCACCAGCCUUUUUGGGGCUUCAACCUGCAUCAGCCUCAGUCAGCAUAACCGACCGUUAGGAAGGCUGGGAGUAGUUGGACUACAACUCACAUCAUUCCUGACUAUUGGUCAUGCUGGCUGGGGCUGAUGGGAGUUGUAGUCCAACGAGAGCUGGAGGGCCACAGUUCCUCUCCUCCCCCACCCCGCUUUAGAUACACCACCUUUUCAACAACUACUGGAGUUGGGUGCCCAGGCUGCAGUCCUGCCCUGUUGUAUGUACUCCAGUCCUCUACUGCUAGAGCAGAGAUCCCUUUGGGGACCCACAGAUGUGGCCCACAGGAAGUUCCCUGCUGGCUUACUCCUUCCUAGGAUUCCCUUUCUCCACUGGCACCAAGGGAGACUUUUUAGAGCUACACUGCAGCGCGGGGGAAGCAUGUCCACGGACAGCCACUGCUGGUGAAGGAAGGUCUUAUCCUCUCCUCCUCAGUGCUUGGACCCCCCCCCCUCAAAAAUCACCCCUUUCCUAUUAGAAUCGAGCAGUGAGGUGGGGGCAGAAGUGGUGCACGGAAGUGUGACCCUGUGUGAGGGUGUCUGGACAAUCAUGUCGGGGCCGCAUGUCAGCAGCAGGGUACUAUUGAGCCAAAAAAGGUCCCCAGCCCUGUGCUAGAGAAACAGUAAGCAGCCGUUAUGCAGAUCCUAACCUAUGCAACUAUCUAGGGGAGUGAUGAAAGUGGGGCACUUGUAGAUAUUUCUUUGACAGUGACCAGAAUGACUGUGGUUUGAACAGGCAUGGGGACCGUGGCUCUUGGCAGCCUUUCUUCCUCCUCAUUUCCCUGUGCAAAGAGGGUGUCGUGGAGUUUGGGGCAGGACCAAAGAGCACCUACCAUUAGUCCCACAAGUCUGAGCAGCGUUUUCUGCUGUAGCAUUCAUGCAAAAGUGUGUUGUGUUUGUGCAUUUCCGUAUCUACAAUCAAAAUGAACAUGUGCCGAUAGUUUCUGUACCAAAUAAAACUGGGUGCCAGCAAAAGCAAUUACCUCUACCCGGAAGAAAAUGUCCCAAUAGGAAAUAGGCACCUCUGAAUUACCCGCUGUGAGUUAUAAAUUCAGGUAUCAGAAACGGUUCUGUUCCACCCCAACCAAAUGACUUCUGCCAAGUGAAUGCUGGGUUUUUGUUUCAUAUAAAGAAUGAACAAUGUUGGGUUGGAUAAAUUCCUGGAGGAGAAAGCUAUCAAUGGCUACUAGCCCUGAUGGUUGUGUGCUACCUCCAGCAUCAGAGGCACUAAGCCUGUGUGCACCAUUUUCUGGGGAACAUGGGUGGGAGGGUGCUGUUGCACCAUGUCCUGCUUUGUUGGACCCUGGUUGAUAGUUGGUUGGCUACUGUGCAAACAGAGUGCUGGACUGGAUGGGCCCUUACUCUGAUCCAGCAUGGCACUUCCUAUGUUCUUAAUGUUUCUUCGAUGGAAUCUGGGGUGUCCAUUUCUUCUCAAUGCUAAAACCAGAACUUUGUGCUGUAACUCAGCCUUUCUUGAACCUGGUGCCCUCCAGAUAUGUUGGAUAACAACUCAUUAUGGGCGUUACCAUCCAACAUAUCUGGAGGUCCCCAAGUUUGGAGAAGGCUUACUGUAGUUGCAAAGGAAAUUCAAGGCUUAAGUCUAGAACACAUAUUGACUUAACUGUUUUAGUUAUUGAGAUAUUUUAAUAAAUUAGCAUGUACUUUCAUGCCACUUCAUCAGAUCCAGAUGCUAUAAGUGGAUCUGGAGUCUUUGUGUGUGAAAAGUAGUGAAAUCGAUCUUCAUUCCCUUACAGUGGCAGUUAAAACCCACAAAAUGUGCUAAGUGUCUUUACAAUGUGUAUAGAAACCAUAGUCCCUAUUGAGACCCUGAUUGAUACAAUCAAAUUUCUUUAUCAUCUCUUAUUCUGCAAUCUCACAUUCCAGGUGAGUCCCUGAUUUCAAUUUCUGACACCCUGAGGUCCAUGAUGGUAUGCCCGGGAAGGUUAAAUUGUUUACUGACAAUGAAGAAUAAUUACAUGUGUAUCCGAUUAUAUGUGUGCUACAUUUAACCCUUGAAUUUCUAAAUAGUAAGCUAACACAGUUACACUAUAAUAUUAUUCUCAAUGGAAAUGUUGGCCUUCCAAACAUUGAAAUUCCUUUUCUUCCACUGUUUGCAUUUAAAAAAUAAAAAUCACAUUGCUGUUUCACAUUGCUGCAAUUUCAACUUGGUUGAAACAAGUAGUCAACCGAAGUCUUCACUAGGAGAGUAGUUCAUUCACCAGUGUGAAUUAGUACAUUUGGGUGUAGGUGUAUUGAUUUGAUGGUACUGUGAAAUUGUACUUCAGGCAUCUUGUGCAAUCGCCUCGUGGCUCAGAAGACUGAAAACACUGGUGGUUUCACCAAAAUAUUUUGGGAAGAGGGGUGAAGGAGAGAGACAAAGCUACAUCAUUUAAAGGUGCUACUUCCAAGGUACCAAGCCAAGCUCCACAGGGACUUAAUGUGGGCUUUCGACACUGAAGAAAUAAACGUAGCUAUUUUUCUUUGUCUUACUAUGUUUGUAUCAGACAAGAAUAAGAGAUUGUAAUGCAGAAUUCUAUUUUCUUAAAAUCUUGUGUGUAUAAAUUCUAUGCAUUUCACAGUGGCCGUGCGUCUUCAGUUAUCACAGCAUUGUACACUUACGCAAAGGAGUCCUCCGACGGAGUUGCGGGGCAGCUGUGGCGGGCCUUGCCGAGAGUGUGGAUUGUUCGCUGCUUUGCAACUUCAUCAAUAAAGAAUAUCAAACUGUU